CCUCUGCCACAGGAGUCACCAUCACUCUAGUGUGCUCAUUUCUGAGUCACAGAGGAGCAAAGACAGAUAGUAGUGCACACUCAGGUUGGUAGCACCAGGAGGAGCUCUGCAUAUAGGCUGUGUCAGCCAUAGUUUCCAGUUCCAUCACAAGAUCUUCGCAGUGCAUUACGUUGUACUGCCAGUCCCUCCUUCAGUAGCCUGAUGACCUGAGAGACUGUCCAAAUUGCCAGCCUCUGGCUUUCAAAGAAUGGACACAACCAUCUCUCUCAUGUCUUUUGACCCUUGUGGCUCAUGUACUUAGCUGAUUGAUGCUACCAAAGGGUGAGCACACUCUCCUGUUCCUGCAGUCUUCUGAGCAGUCGGGGUGGGUUUCAGGGCCUCCAUCGCAUCAUCCCACUCCUGAGAAUACUGCCUACCUCUACCUGAGGGACCAUACCACAGGCUGAUGAGAGCUCCAUCUCCUGAGGGCUGCAUUUGGACAAGGGACUCUGUCCCUUCUGAUGCAGGUCAAUGGCCAACAAGGAGGAGGGUCAGAGCCAGCAGCAGCAGCUGCAGCGGCAGCGGCGGCAGUGGUGGCAGCAGGAGACAAAUGGAAACCUCCACAGGGCACAGAAUCCAUCAAGAUGGAAAAUGGGCAAAGCACAGGCACCAAGCUGGGGCUGCCUCCCCUGACGCCCGAGCAGCAGGAGGCCCUCCAGAAGGCCAAGAAAUAUGCAAUGGAGCAGAGCAUCAAGAGUGUGCUGGUGAAACAGACCAUCGCGCACCAGCAGCAGCAGCUCACCAACCUGCAGAUGGCAGCAGUGACAAUGGGCUUUGGAGAUCCUCUCUCACCUUUGCAAUCGAUGGCAGCUCAGCGGCAGCGGGCACUGGCUAUCAUGUGCCGGGUCUAUGUGGGUUCCAUCUACUAUGAGCUGGGAGAAGACACUAUUCGCCAGGCUUUUGCUCCCUUUGGCCCCAUCAAGAGCAUCGAUAUGUCCUGGGAUUCCGUUACCAUGAAGCAUAAGGGCUUUGCCUUUGUGGAGUACGAGGUCCCAGAAGCUGCACAACUGGCUUUGGAGCAGAUGAACUCUGUGAUGCUUGGGGGCAGGAACAUCAAGGUGGGAAGACCCAGCAACAUCGGACAAGCCCAACCUAUCAUAGACCAGCUGGCUGAGGAGGCUAGGGCUUUCAACCGAAUAUACGUGGCCUCUGUACAUCAGGACCUGUCUGAUGAUGACAUCAAGAGUGUGUUUGAAGCCUUUGGCAAGAUCAAGUCUUGUACGCUGGCCCGGGAUCCCACAACCGGCAAGCACAAGGGCUAUGGUUUUAUCGAAUAUGAGAAGGCCCAGUCGUCCCAGGAUGCUGUGUCCUCCAUGAACCUCUUUGAUCUGGGUGGCCAGUACUUGAGGGUGGGCAAGGCCGUCACACCCCCCAUGCCCCUGCUAACACCUGCCACGCCUGGAGGUCUCCCGCCUGCUGCUGCUGUGGCCGCAGCUGCAGCCACAGCCAAGAUUACAGCUCAGGAAGCAGUGGCUGGAGCAGCAGUGCUGGGUACUUUAGCCACACCAGGACUAGUGUCCCCAGCACUGACACUGGCCCAGCCCUUAGGGGCCCUACCCCAGGCUGUCAUGGCUGCCCAGGCCCCUGGAGUCAUCACAGGUGUGACACCAGCCCGCCCUCCUAUUCCGGUCACCAUCCCCUCUGUGGGAGUGGUGAACCCCAUCCUAGCCAGCCCUCCAACGUUGGGUCUGUUGGAGCCCAAGAAGGAGAAGGAAGAGGAGGAGCUGUUUCCUGAGUCAGAGCGGCCAGAGAUGCUGAGUGAGCAGGAGCACAUGAGCAUCUCUGGCAGCAGUGCUCGCCACAUGGUCAUGCAAAAGCUACUCAGAAAACAGGAGUCUACAGUGAUGGUUCUCCGAAACAUGGUGGACCCCAAGGACAUCGAUGAUGACCUGGAGGGAGAGGUGACAGAGGAGUGUGGCAAAUUUGGUGCUGUGAACCGGGUCAUUAUCUACCAAGAAAAACAGGGCGAAGAGGAAGAUGCAGAAAUCAUCGUCAAGAUUUUUGUGGAAUUUUCCAUGGCCUCAGAGACUCACAAGGCCAUCCAGGCCCUCAAUGGGCGCUGGUUUGGUGGUCGCAAGGUGGUGGCUGAAGUGUAUGACCAGGAGCGUUUUGAUAACAGCGACCUCUCUGCGUGACUUUGGCCUCAUUUCCUGGACUUGCACUUGCCCCUUACUUCCUUUGGGUUUUAUAAAGUGUUAAAAGUGGUGUGUCCCUGGGACCAGGCACUCUGCCCAGCCCACCCGGUAGUGUACAUAAAGAUGCAGAUACUGCUGGCC